GCAUGCGCAGUAACGGUAAGAAUCACUAAGAUAGUUCAUUCGUAGUCGUUUCGGAAAUAAGAGGAAAGGAUAUAGCUAUCACUGUUUCAGAAUGCCGAAAAAGAAGACAGGACAGCGAAAAAAGGCAGAAAAACAAAAAGAGAGACAGAAAGAGAUGAGAAAUGCGGAAAAAUCUCUAGCUCAAGUGCCAUGUAAUUUCCUGAUGGAAUGUGACCAAUGUAAGCGAUCCCAGAAGAACAGAGCAUUCUGCUACUUUUGUUCAUCAUUCCAGAGACUUCCAGUAUGUGGCCACUGUGGAAAACAAAAGUGUAUGGCUAAAUUGGGCGAUUGCUGUAUAAAACAUACUGGAACCAAUGCGACUGGAAUGGCUAUGGUGGGAGCAAUCUGUGAUUUCUGCGAGGCCUGGAUCUGUCAUGGCUCACGGUGUCUGUCUGUCCACGCCUGUAGCUGUCCGUUGAGGGAGGCGGAAUGCUGCGAGUGUAAGAGAGGGGUGUGGGAUCAAGGUGGAAGAAUUUUCAAGUGCUCAUACUGUAAAAAGUUCUUAUGUGAAGAUGAUCAGUUUGAACACCAAGCAAGCUGCCAACAACUGGAUUCGGAAAACUUCAAAUGUUUGUCCUGUAAUAAACUUGGACAAUAUUCAUGCCUUAGAUGCAAGACCUGCUUCUGUGAUGAUCAUGUCAGAAGGAAAGGGGUCAAGUAUAGCAAAGGUCAAGCAAUACCCUGCCCUAAGUGUGGCCUUGAGACCAAGGAAACCAAAGAAAUGAGUAUCAAUACUCGGGCCUAUGAUUAUGGCAGACAGAGAGGAGGUGAUGAUGACUACACUGAUGAUGAAUACAGCUAUCAGAACUACAACUUCGGUGGAGCCUCUGGUUUUUCAUUUGGUGGCGUUAAGGCAGAAGACAUUGAGGAUGAUGAUGAGGACAGUGAUGAUGAUUAUGAUGAAGAUGACAUAGAUGAUGAAGAUAUAGAUGAAGAUGAGUUAUUAGAAGAGGUUCGUCAGUUGCAGCUUGACAAGGAGAAAGCUGGACUAUCUUGACAAUGUAUAUUUGAUUAGAAUAAAUUAUAUACAAACAUUUGAA